CUUUAUUUACAACACAGCCUAAAAAGGUGGCCGGGCUAGUUGGUCUUUCUGGCUUGCUCGCAUUUCAUGCCAUCACGGCAUCGCCAUUGCAGCGCUCACUUUAAUUUACACAGCCAGCGGAUGCCGACCCUCACCUCCGAUGCCAUCAUCGCGUCCCCGAGGUGGGGCGUCCUCCCCUUAUGCGGCGGCGGCCGCUCGGGCGGACCGCGCACUCGCCGCCCGUCGUCGUCCGGCGGCCACGGCUGCGGGUGGCCGCCGCUGGACCGCGUGGCCGUCUGGGUCGGCGGCGGCAUCGCCGCGGUGUUCUUCGCGUCCCUGGAGCGGUGCUCGUGCGUCAACGUGCGCACGCACGACGACCUCCUCGACGACGAGCGGAGGGACUCGGAGGCGCCGCUGAUGAUGUUCGACGACGGCAACGGUAACUCCUGCGUGCAGAGGCGCGGAGCCAGGUGGUGCGGCAAGGGCAAGGGUACUGGUAGUGGAGAUUGUUAGUGUACGAUAUUAAUAUGUAUAUUUGUUCAGAAAACGUCGUUCGCCCGGUUUAAUUUUGGCUGUCGUCGCCGUCUUAAGGCUUAAGCUCCUGCGUUGGUCCUAUUUCGAGUAAGUUUUGCCCUUGUAAUGCUAUUUCCUGCUGCGUUUCUGUUUAAAUUAUCAGUGUAUGGAUGUUUCACUGCAUCUAAGUUAAUUCAGAGUUACAUACCUCUAAACUUGGUUCUCUUGUGAGUUCAUUUUUUUCCUUCAGAUGUAAUACCUGAUCUUACUAUGGCCAUCAGUUACACUUCGGCCCAGACUGGGGUUAUGUGUUUU